AUGCACGAGGUUCCCGGCCGCAAUGGCCAAGUCACGAUUGAAAAAUGCAGAUCUCAACUCCUCUAUGGGAUUCAGGGUAAAAGGUACUACAACUCCGAUGUCGUUGCCAUCAUCGAUCAGAUCCAAUUCGAGUUGACAGCACCCAACGCUGUCUAUGUUCACAAUAUCAAAUGGGAUAAACCACCCGCGGCUACUAAAGUGGGCAUUACGGCCAAAGGUGGCUUUCAAGCAGAAGUCCACUACUUUGCAGUGGGCUUGGAUAUCGAAGAAAAAGCCGCUUUGCCUGAGCGUCAGCUUCAAUACUAUCUUGAUGAUUGCCCGCUUCUCCCAGUUCAAUCAAAGUCACCGUCUCAGGCUGUGCCAAAUCCAAACCGGCACCUCAAGACGAAGCUACUGUCGACAUUCGAAUCUUUUCCCAGGCGAAAAACGAAGACGAUUUAUCACCAAACAAGUUCCUACGCCCCUGCUGGAACCUAA